AUGCUUGGCCGUUCAGCGCUGUCAAGUGCGGCCGAAUGUGGCCAUUCUUCUUUAGUGCAGUUGCUGCUUGAGGCAGGUGCUCAGAAGGAGUUGCGGGAAUGGGAAGGCAAGACAACACUAACCUUUGCGGCAGAGCAUGGUCACGAUGCAUGUGUGCAGAUACUCCUCGAUGCCGGGGCUCAGCAAGAUGCAAGAACCGGUGACCGCAGCACCGCCCUGAUGGCAGCAGCACGAGGCGGUCAUGCUGCGAUCGUGCAGUUGCUGCUGGGGGCUGGCGCUGGGAUGGAUUUGAUCGACAUCGAGAGCAAAACUGCGCUGAUGCAUGCAGCAUUCCACGGGCAUGCUGAAGUCGUGCAGUUGCUCUUGGAGGCCGGCGCUCAAAGGGAUCUGCGCGACUUCGACGGCGAGACCGCGCUGCACCACGCGGGGAUCACGACCAUCCGGCUUCCAGUCGUGAAGUUGCUCCUGGAAGCCGGGGCUGAUAAGCAUGUGCGAAACAAUGACGGCGAGACACCGCUGAUCCAAAGCCUGUUGGAAGCAUCUGAGGUGGAACAGCUCUGA